AUGGGUGGAUUACCAGCUCUAGAGUCUUUGCAUCGAGUUCCGCCGCCGGAUACCCCCCCUGAACUUAUAAGUCCAAGCGCAACCUCAUUUUCUUCCAGGUCGUCUCCUCUAGAAGAACAAGCAGUCUGGGCACCUCGCGCUUCGGUUUCGCUCCCUCCUGCUUCCAUGUCCCACUAUGGCAAAGCCUCCGUCGAUAUGUCUUCUGAGAGUAAUGCAGAAGGUAAUCGAGGGCGACAAGAAUCGGUUGGCAGUUCGUCUGUCCGACAACAGCUUCCGUCGCUAAGCAGCCUUUUUGGCCCCCCAGUGUCUUUGCGGUCCCUCAGCUCGCCACAGACGGAGCGCCCUGGCCUUUAUCCUUCGCCUUCCCCCUUGGACAGACCACGACUCUCGUCGAGUGGAAAUCUCUCCUCCUAUUUCCCGCAAACCACUUCCUCUUCUCUACCGCAACCGCGAAACUCUUACGAUGUUAAAUACGACCACCACGACAGACAAGCCGCUCACCCUCUAACACCGUCCUUUGCUGGACCGCAUUCGUCUGAGUACCCAGAUCACGGCCACAGGGGCUCGGACGCACGUUACGAACCAGAAUUAACCAGGAAGUGGUCAGUCUAUCGUGAAGAUGGGAGACAGGAAUAUCCUGUAGGAUCACGAGACUCUUUGUCAUACUUGCCCCCCCAGGACAAAUUCCGGCCUCAGAUAUCUGCACCCAAAGAUUCAGUAAAUGACUACCCCGAACGUCGACUCAGUCAAGCAGUACACAGCUCGGAUACUAACGCGCCCUCGGUUUCGGCUGCUGCCGUUACUGCCGAUAUUGCUGUUUCUAAAGAUGGCCUGGGACCGAAAAUUUGGACAGGCACACACUUCCUCCCGAGGUUUGUGCGAGCAGCCGAAGUACCGGGUGAAGGGAUGUGCUACUUCUACGACGAUGGGAGUCAUUGUAAAACUGUGAUUGAUGGCGAGGCGGUAAAUGCCCACUGGGGCGUGACCAAGGCGGGGAAGCCUCGAAAGCGGCUGGCUAUUGCAUGCGUAACUUGCCGGGAGAAGAAGAUCAAAUGCGAUCCUGAUUAUCCUCGAUGUGUCCAGUGCGAGAAAUUUGGUCGCAUCUGCAAGUUUAAGAAUGCACCAAGGGGGGGCCAUAAUACUUCACCAUCGACUUCACCUAUAGAGCUUGAUGAUGGCCGGCAGCACAACGGCUCACUUGAUGCCGGCGACCUUCGACGCUCAGUCAGUGACGCCAGCUCUCCCAGAUCACCCCGCGCCGGAAUGCAUGCAGAUUCCCCAGAUAGGGGUUACGGCAAAAGGCUCAAAAUUGGCACUGAGGCGUACAUCGCUAAUGGCGAAUCUCCUGCCUCAUUCAAUGCUGUGAUGGAUUAUCCGAACCCACGAAUUGCUGAACAACAGCCUUUCCCCGAGCCAACUAGAAUUUCUGAUGAGGUUCUUAGCCGUGCUUGGCGGACAGACCCCUUUGCAUCGAAUCCUCACUUGAUCACAAGCGCUUUGACUAGAUUCUUCGCCAACGUCGAUAGCACCAUGAUUCUGCAAUUUCUUCCCGAAGAAAUCUUCAAGUAUUGGGUCAUUACCUCCGUUGACCGCAAAAGCCCCGAGGAUUUGAUGCUGCUGUACAGCAUGCUCGCCGUUGGUUCUGCGCUCUGCGGUGACCCCAAGCAUAUUGCCUAUGAGUAUGCUCAAGUAGCGCAUUAUGCGCAAAAGAUGACGGAGAUGCAGUGCUUGCAACUAGUACAAAGCAGGAUUCUCCUUGCCGUUUACUAUAUAUCGACUUGCCGCACUAGGGAGGCCGAUGAGCUAGUUGCUUCUGCGGCUGCCAGCGCAGCUUGUCUGCAGCUAAGUCUGGAGCUCAAUCACUCUAGGGAGUCAUCUAUGACCACUUUCCCCCUAGGACUUACCAGGAUAACCUAUGCUGAAUCACGCAAGAGGACAUUCUGGUCACUAUUCAUGCUGGAAAGGCUUAGCGGUCUUUUCCCAGAGAGGCCAGUAAUGCUCAAUGCAGAAGAUAUCUAUGUGCAGCUUCCUGCCGAUAUCCACAGCUUUGAGAAGGGAAUUGAGGCGCAAUCACGAAGCUUCGAUCCAUAUGAGCUUAUUAGAACCGCUGAGCAACACUCCGACACAGCUGUCGCUGGCUAUCACAUCGAAAUGGUGCAUAUCUGGUCUGACUGCCAAGCUACCAUUUAUAGAAUGGCUCUUAGGAGAACUCCUCUAGAAGCAGAAACCAUAAAGCUGCAAGCUCUCGUCGAGAAAGCCGAGAAAUGGAACUCUUCUUUACCCUCUCGUAUGACAUUCGGUGGGACAAACCUUGAGGCCGCUGCCUAUACUAGAAGCAUCGGUACUUUCCUCAGUAUGCAUCUUCUUUAUCACCACACUAUGAUUGAGUUGAAUCGCCAUCGGCAUGGGGCCAACCAACUACCCAAAGAUGUGCAGAUGGAACACUCAGCCAAGUGUCGUGACCAUGCAAGCAGCGUUAUUGACAUGCUGAAUUGUCUUGAGCGUAUUUUGAGGGUUCGACCUACGUUGUUGAGCAUCCCUCCUCCUGCCAUGGCCAUUGUCGUCACAGAAGCUGUCGACGUCUUGACUGCAGGUGGGCCCAUGACAGUCCUGGGAGAGUUGAUUGACCGGGUUCGAAUUGCAAAGUCCGCUGUUGACAAGAUGACUGGCGUCUGGGGAUCAUCUUCAAAAGACCGACAGGCGAUUGACCGGCGCCUUCAGAAAUUGAAUCGAAUCCGCGAACAGGGAUCACGAUCCCCGAGCCCUAUCCAGGGUUACCGCCUCCUUCCUCUCUCAGAAGAAGCCAGAGACAAAGAGAACAGCCACUGGCAGAUUUUCGAUCCUAUUGAGGACACAUUCCCUAAGGACAUGGAUAUGAUUUACAUUGCACUUGAUUAG